GGGCCGCCGCCAUGGCUCAGCCCCCGCCGGGCCGCGGGGCAGCGGCCGAGGCCGAGGGGGGCGGCGGCGGGAACCGGGAACCGCCCGGGGCCGGGGCAGGAGGAGGAGGAGGAGGGGGGGAGGCGGCCGGGCCCCCCCGGGCAGCGCCGCCUGGAACGGGGGAGCUGCGGCCUGCGACCGGCGGCCGCCACCACGGAAGACGACGGCAACGAUGACGGGGACGGAGACGGCUCCAGCACCGGGGGCUGCUGCCGGUGCCGGGCCCGGGACGGAUCCUGCGGCCUCGCCUGCCCCCGCUGCGCCGCCACCGAGCAGCGGCCGCCACCGCCAGCACCCCGCGAGGCCGAGGAGGGCGAGGAGGACGCAACCGGAGAGGACCCGGGGGGCGCGGGGAAGGGAUCCCGGAGACCCCGGCGACGCCAGCGGCCGCGCUCGGCCCCCAAGGAGAAGGAGAAGGAGGAGGGCGGCCGGCGGCAGCGCCCGGCGAGGAAACGGAGCCGCGGGGCCCGCACGGAGGAGCUGGCCCGGCUGAAGGCGCUGCUGGAGGCGGCGCUGGGCCAGGCGCGGAGGUUGUGCGCGGAGGCCGGCGGCCGCCUGCUCUGCUCCUGCUGCCGCCUGGGCGCCGCGGAGCUGGGCUCGGCACCGGGCACCGUGCGCAGCUGGGGCCGGCGCGUGGGGCAGCGGGCACGCAGCGGGUGGCUGCGGGCGGCCCGGGGGCUGCGGGCCGGGGCGGAGGUGGCGCGGCGGCUGCUGUGGAUGCUCUGCGCGCUGCUGCUGCUGCUCCUCGUGCUGCUGCUGGGCUGCCUGCGGCUCUGCUGGCGCGCCGUGGCCGCCGGCGUGGCCAGGCUGGGCCGGACCCGGCUCGCGGCGUUCCUCGACGCCACCGGCCUCCGCAGGACGUGGGGGCUGCUCGGGGCGGCCGGGACUUGCCAGCGCCUCCGGGACUGGCUGCGGAGGUGGCGGGCUCCCCCCGGGGAGUUACGGACAGGCUGCGGGCCGGGGGACGCGGCGCCGGGCCUCGACGGAGGGGCUCCGGCCGCCAGCUCCGGGGAGGAGGUGGCCCGCCUGCUGGCCAUGGCCGACGUGCCCGAGGAGGAGCUGAACCCCUUCCAGGCGCUGGGCGUGGAGGCGACGGCGUCGGACGCCGAGCUGAAGAAGGCGUACCGCCGGCUGGCCGUGCUGGUUCACCCGGACAAGAACGAGCACCCGCGAGCUGAGGAGGCCUUCAAGGUGCUGCGGGCGGCCUGGGACAUCGUCAGCAACCCCGAGAGGAGGAAGGAGUACGAGAUGAAGCGGAUGGCAGAGAGCGAGCUGAGCCGGUCCGUCAACGAGUUCCUGAGCCGGCUGCAGGACGACCUGAAGGAGGCCAUGAACACCAUGAUGUGCAGCAAGUGCCAGGGCAAGCACAAGAGGUUCGAGCUGGACCGCGACCCGCUGAGCGCCCGCUACUGCGCCGAGUGCGGGCAGCUGCACCCCGCCGAGGAGGGCGACUUCUGGGCCGAGUCCAGCCUGCUGGGGCUGAAGAUCACCUACCUGGCCGUGAUGGACGGCAAGGUCUACGACAUCACCGAGUGGGCCGGCUGCCAGCGCGUGGGGAUCUGCCCCGACACCCACCGCGUCCCCUACCACAUCUCCUUCGGGGCGCGGAGCGCCGGCGCGGGCGGGCGGCAGAGGAGCACCUCCAAGGGCAGCCCCAGCUCCGCCGCCGACCUGCAGGACUUCUUCACCCGCGUGUUCCAGGGGACCUCAGGACCGAUGCCCGGGGGCUUCCCGUCGCCCCCCCCGCCCGCAGCCCCCCCGGGGGCCGCGGCUGCAGCCGGGGCCCCGCCGAGGACCGAGGGGGGAGCCCCCAAGGGCGACGCCAAGCACAAGAGGCGGAAGAAGGUGCGGCGCCCCUUCCAGCGCUGAGCGCCCCGCGGGUGCUGGGGGGGCGCUCCCUGGGCGGGGGAGGCCGUGCUCUGUCGGGCACUACAAGGGCUCUUUGAAAUAAAAAAAAAUCUAUUUUUUUUUUUAAAGUAA